AUGUGUCAGAACUGUUGUUGUUUACAGUCACAGUGACACAGCAGCGACUGACAGCGGCAACACCACAUUUACAUUAGAUCACUUAUUUAUUUGGACUUCCCAAAAAACACAACACACAUAUACGAAUAUAUAUGUGUGUAUGUGUAGUGAGGGGAUUUGACUUGAAUUUCCAUAGUUGAGUCAGUUUUGUGUGUUAGCUAAGUUAGCUAGCCGCCGGUGGUUGUGAGUGAAGCUAAUUUUGAGUUUAGCUCUUGUCCCAUUUCGGAUUAAAGUUCUCUGAGCCAUGGACCAAACAGGCUGUUACCCGGUAAAAGUGUAUAUUUAUGACCUGUCCAGAGGAAUGGCCCGUCAGCUCAGCCCUGUUUUGCUUGGUAAACAGCUCGAUGGUAUAUGGCACACUGCCAUUGUGGUCCAUGGAAAGGAGGUGUUCUUUGUUGGAGAGGGCAUCAACCAUUGUCCACCUGGCAGUACUCCUUUAGGACAGCCGGACUCCAUUGUGGACUUGGGAUCCACUGAAGUGUCUGAAGAACUCUUUAUGGAGUAUCUGAUGUCACUGGCAGAGUCCACGUACCGAGGUGACACGUACAACUUGUUUGAACACAACUGCAACACUUUCACCAAUGAGGUGGCUCAGUUCCUCACAGCCAAUCAGAUUCCAUCAUACAUCACAGACCUUCCAGCUGAAGUUCUGUCCACACCCUUUGGCCAGGCUCUCCGUCCGUUACUGGAUUCCAUUGUCAUAAAUCCAGGAGGCAGCAACAUCACAGGACAGCGGUAGAUGUAGUGACAGGUCAUUGUACCUAGCUAACAGUCACUUUUUCAGCUGUAACCAGUUCAUUCCAGAGGUUUUUUCCUUUUUACACUCCAAGUUUAAUUUUUAAACAUCAAGCACUUCCAAGUUAUUAGGAUUAGGGAUGGGAAUUGAUACGAAUUUAACAAUUCAGAUUCCAUUAUUGAUUUUCCUUAUCGAUCCAAGUCCUUUUCAAUUAUGGGGGGGAGGGGGGUGCAUUGUCACAACAUACAACCAUGCAAAGUCAAAGUGAAACUUAAGACGCUUUACUAAUUCCUCUAUGUCUUCCGCUGUUGUGCAUCUCAUUUUCCUUUUCUCUACCUUUUGAGACUUUUAUUUGAGGGGGUAGGAAGUUUGUUGCCCCCCUUCCCACUCCAGAACCGGGCCUGGAUGACACCCUGGUGUUCGCUCUACCGCUACAUUCAAAAGCGUCGCUAAGUAGUGUAUCAAACACAUGACAUUCCUGCAAAUGAAUUUCACGCUGUGGACAAAUGUUUUCACAUAUUGGAGGGAUUUCCUCCCUUUCCCAGUGUUCCCAGUGUUCCCAGUGUUCCUAGUGGACCUAGUGGACCUUGUGUCAUCUUUACAUUUGAAAUAUAGACAUACUGAGGAGCAUUUCUGCCUUAGAUUCAGAUUUAUUCAUUGUCAUUCAAUAAAAACAUCCCAGAUGCUGUUACAGAACGAAAUUGCAAAAGACACAGCACAAAAUAAAACUCUG